AUGAAAUCAAUAGUUUUAAUAUUACUUGGUUUGUUGUUAACAAUUGCUUUCGUUGCUGCUCAAGAAGAGGAUAGAGGUAGACCACCAUAUCAAUGUCCAAAGAAUUGUGGUGGAGGCCAUACCUGCCAUAUUAAAAAUAAUGACUGCCAUUGUAGAAAAUUUGGUGAUAUCAAUGAUAUUAAAUUAGAAUAUUGUAGAUUAAAUUCAUGGGUUGAUGGAGCAUGCGGUAAAACUUAUACCCAAUGGGAUAUUAAAAUUGUAAAUUGUGGAGAUUGUGAUUUACAUGAAAUUUAUAUUGGUUAUGAUUACACAUUAAGAUUAAGAGAUUCAAGUUCAAUUUGGAAUAUCGCUCGUUUACCAUAUGGUGUCUUAACUCUUCCAUCAUAUCAAACCUCAAUUAAUGCUGGUGCCUCUUAUACAUUUGGUUUCAUUAUUGAAGGUACUCAAAAACCAAAUUUAGACAUUUUAUAUGUCAGAUUUUAA